UCACUAGUAAGCUAUUUUAAUUUCAUCUUUUUUUUUUCUCUCACUCUCUCUAUUUUAGUUUUGAAGCUCAAUUCUAGGUACUUAACAGUUAGCAGGCUACUUUUCUCGAGGAAAUGGCUUCCAAGUCAUCAACCCGUAAGAUGAGCUUGAAGCUUCUAAUCAACAAAAAGGACGAUAAAGUUGUCUUCGCUGAAGUUAAAAAUGAUUUCAUAGAUUUCCUCUUCAACCACUUCUUGACUUUGCCCAUUGGCACCAUCGUGAGUUUCCUCCCAAAAGAAAAUUGCCUAAGAGACCUGCAUGAGAGUAUCAACAAAAUGGAAAAAGCUUACCUGCUGCAUAAUGAGAGUGAGGACUUGACCUUGAAACUGAAAACACCAGUCUUUGCUUUUCUUCCUUUCUUUAAUCGUUAUUCAUCAAGGAGUCGGAGUGAUCAGCACGACGACUUGGUUACCUACAUGGUGGCUGAUGACUUGUCGGUUACACCCAUGUCCAUGACAUCAACCAUGGCUCUAUUUAAGAAAUACAACAUACAGGAAGUUGAUGUUCUUGAGGAAAAGGUGGUUUCAAUUGGCCUUGAAGAGGCUUUGCACCUGUUGCAUUGUGCUUUGCAUUCCGAGGAAGCUCUCACUAAUGUCUUCCUUUAGAAAGAAGAAACAAAAACAAAUGAAGGAUAAGGGGAUGAUUUAGUUUGUUCUCCUCCCUUACAAUCUAUAAAUUUGGUUGUUUGAGGGCUGAACCAUUCAAGUAUGUAAACUCUCUUGGUUCUUGAAUUUGUAAAAAUCAUAAAGUUCCGAAUCUCUUAACAAUGUUUAUGCUUAAUUGUCUUUAUGUAAUGUAAACUCUCUUUGUCCUUAUAAGAAUCCCUGCAUCGCCCCAA